UGUCCAGAAUGCGUAGUAUCGGGGGCGCUUGCGCUGCUCCUCCGCGCGUCAACAUACGCCGGCGUCUGCCCUCUGCGCUUCACGCGCACCCUCGACGGCUGGCGCCCCUCUCCCUCCGCCUCCAUCGCCGCGGCACAGCACCUCAUUAUGACUGUUUUUAACGCGGUGAUGCUGGCAGCCUUUAUCCUGGACAUCUGCCUAGAGCCCGGACAGAGGAUCCGCAUCGGCGAGACGACGCUGAAGAUGUUCGUGUGGUGCUCCGACAUGCUGCUGAUGAUGAUGAUCGCCAGCGUGGCCGUCUACAUGGCGCCCAAGAGGAUGAACCACCUCGUUCACGUGCUGGAUCAGUUGCGACAGGUCAGCGGAGAACUCAAAAUCAAUCCAUCGGCAAGGAGCGAAAGGACCAAAACCAUUACAAUCGUCUGCAUACCUUUGUGGGCAGCCUCCAUCUUGAUAGCAGACUUUUAUAGUUUUUUGAGGCCCUUACUGGACGGCAAAAUUUGGUACAUAAUGUGCAUGUACGGGCCAUACUACGUAGGAAACCUGAUGGGAGUGCUUGUUCUUCUGCAAUGGAGCUGUGCCGUGCUCGCCGUGCAUGCCGCCGUGGUCGCCGUUAAUGACGAGCUGGCAACGUUGCGCAGAGCUAAGUUCGAGUUGGAGUCAACUACAGCAUUGGAAGACUUGUUGAGGCCACCGAAAUCUGAACGCAACACCCUGGUCGACUGCUUCACAAAGCCAGCGAAGACUCCAGGAGACUCCAUGACCCUGUCACAAGCGCAAGCCACCAUUCGCCGUCUCGCUCUCACCCACGAGCGUACAAGCGAGCUAACGAGACAGCUGAACGCGUCCAACGGCGUGUUCCUGAUGUUCGUUCUCAUGUCUACGUUCAUCCGGCUGGUGCUGACUCCAUACUACCUUCUGCAGAGAUUUGACCAUGAUGAAAGGAUCAUUUACGAGUUGCUAUUACAAAUCAACUGGAGCUUGUUCCACGUCGUCACACUCCUUUUGACGAUAGAACCUUGUCACUGGACACAGGAGCAGAGGGAGCGCACCCAGAUCCUGCUAAGCCACUUGAUCGUGCACCUGGCCCCGAAAUGCGAGCGGCUCUCGAAGGAGCUGGAUCAGUUCGCCAAGCAGAUCCUACUCAGCAACGCCAAGUACAUGCCACUCGGAGUCUACGCGUUAGCACGGCCGCUGAUGGCUACGAUUUUGGGCGGAGUAACUACUUACCUGGUGAUAAUCAUCCAGUUUCAGAAGAUCUCUGACCAACUUUAAGAUUUAAUCGUAAAUUAGGAACCAAUGUCAAGACAACGCAUUUCCCUGAAUUCACAUCACACGAGCUGAUUAUUGCCUGAUUUUCUAUGAUCACUUAAUAAAUUCAGAUAUUCCGUGACCAUAGAGAUAUUUAGAGAGAUUCAGGCACUGAAUUACUGAAAAUUUCAGCUUGUGCGUGGUGUGCUGUGGCUUUUCCAGACUUGGCGGUACUAUAUCAGUAUCAAUAUACUACCAGGCAUAUUCUAAUUUUAAUUAAAGGAUAUAAAUUCGAUCUGGAUUAGAUAGGUAUGGAUCGAAUUCAUAUCCUAUAAUUAAAAUUAGAAUACGCUUUGAUCGCAAACUCGUGGGUUCGGCUCUCGCCCACUUAAUCUCGCCGAUCAGUUAAAAAAUCUGCGUAAUGUACUUACUUACCGAUUCCGUAUUGCUAAGACCCACUUGCACCAUCCCACUAACCCGGGGUUAAGCGGUUUAACCGUCAACCCAGUAUCAAAUUGUACUGGUAACCAUGGUAACUCCAGGUUUAACCGGUUAACCCCGGGUUAGUGGAAUGGUGCAAGUGGGCCUAAGGGUGGUAUUCCACCUAGCACCUGUCCAAUUUCUUUGUCCAAUGCGUCUCACUCUCUCAUUAAGCAAAAUGUGAGACAAAAUACACAUUGGACCAAUAUAUUGGACAGAUGGAAUACCACCCUAUAAGUAGUUCGUUUUUUUUAGCAUUAGAAAAAAGGUAAACAAUCUUGAUGUGUCUUCUAAUUGAAAAACACGUUUUAAAAAUAAGUCACGGCAAAUAUGUAACAAUUAUAAAUCUAACACGAUCAUUUAUAUUCUUCUGCUUUCAUAAGUAAUAGUUACUGAUU